GAGCCUUUCGUAACCAUACCUAAGGAUACCAUCAUGGAGGCUCUCAGAGUCUUACUUGAUAUAAGGAAUCAUCCAGUUCUGAUUCACUGCAAACGAGGAAAGCACCGGACAGGUUGCCUUGUGGGCUGUUUCAGAAAAUUGCAGAAUUGGUGCUUAUCCUCUGUGUUUGAGGAAUAUUUGCGAUUUGCUGCUGCCAAAGCUCGGGUAUCAGACCUGAGGUUCAUCGAGACAUUUGAUGUCUCGUGCAUGAUGCAGUGUGUGCUUGGUCUCAUAUAUCGUUACCAUGGUUGUGGUUCCCAAGCCAGACGCAUUAGUUACCGAGACAUGUCAUGAUACAGAGCUAUCUACCAAUCUGUGCUUGAUAAUCGUAUUUUUUUUAUCAUGGUUGUGGUUCCCAAGCCAGAAACCUUGGUUACUGGGACAGAUUAUAGCACAGAGCAAUCGACCAACCCGGAUGCUUUGCCAACAAAAAUUUAUAUCAUAGAUCUCUGUUCAAUUGCUUCCCUGAUUUUUGUUUUGGUAGGGAGAAGCAUGUAUUGAGAUUGUACUAUCAUAUCUGUUCUGUUUUCAAUCCUGUAUGCAGCAUGUGUCGGAAGAGUUUUUUUUUUUUUUUGCUGUGCCUAUGAAUAUUAGAUAAAUUGUUCAUUUGACUUGGAAAGAUGUAGCUUGUAUGCUCAAAUAAUUUUUUGCUUUUUCUCUUGCUACGAAAAACUGUGGAAAAGUUUAUUUUUCCAAUGUUUGUGUUUGGGAAAAAUGUCGCGGUAUUUACAAGAUGAAGCUUUUUGAUGAGGUUAGAUUGAUUAAGCAUCUCUGAGCAGGUAUCAACUGGAUGUGCGUUCUUCAGGGCUAUCAGUCUGGCUUAAACCAGUGGGCAUGUUAUGGACAUAGCCAUCGUUGAUCGGUAAUAAGUAGACAGAAAAAUGUGAGGGAAACAUAAGCCUGUCUGUUAAAAUAAGUAAUGGUAAAAUAUUUAUUAGGCUAAUUACUACCAAAGAAAUGCAUUGCUAUUACCAUUU